AUGCCAACUUCCUCUUUUCUCUUCCCCCUACUCUUCGUUUUAGCCUCAAUCUCAAUUACAAAUGGGGCUCAACUCAUUCUAGUAAACAACUGCAAUGAAAGUAUAUGGCCUGGUAUACUUGGCACCGCAGGCCUAGCCACUCCUCAAAGUGGCGGUUUCCACCUUGGCAGUGGCCAAGAACUAGUUCUUGAUGUGCCUGAGAAGUGGUCAGGAAGGAUAUGGGGCAGGCAGGGCUGUCAAUUUGACAAUGAUGGAAAAGGCAAUUGUGAGACCGGCGAUUGUUUUGGCCAAUUGCAUUGCCAGGGGAAAGGGGGUGUGCCUCCAGCAACCGUGGUUGAAAUGACACUUGGAUCAUCAACUUCACCCCUGCAUUUCUAUGAUGUGAGCUUGGUUGAUGGAUUUAAUCUGCCCGUGUCAAUGAAACCAGUCGGGGGUGGAAUAGGCUGUGGUGUUGCCUCAUGUGAGGUUGAUUUGAACGUUUGCUGCCCAUCAGCAUUGGAAGUGAGGAGAGGAGGCAGGGUUGUGGGGUGUAAGAGUGCCUGCUUGGCUAUGCAAUCUGCUAAGUAUUGCUGCACAGGAAGCUAUGCGAAUCCAAACACUUGCAAGCCAACCCUUUUUGCGCAUCUGUUUAAGGCCAUAUGCCCCAAGGCCUAUAGCUAUGCUUUUGAUGACUCUUCCAGCCUUAACAAAUGCAGGGCUUCGCGGUACGUCAUCACUUUCUGCCCUGCCCAAUGA